AUGCUCUCAGCCACAAUCGCCAUACACUGGCAUGACGAUGGCCAUCCAGUGUACUCACUUGAUAUUCAACCUUCAAACCAACUGGAUUCGAGAUUAGCUACCGCCGGCGGGGAUAAAAAUGUGCGAAUUUGGAGAAUUCGAUAUUCUGAAACUGGAGACCCACAAGAUACUUCCGUUGAGUAUCUCUCAACACUCAGAAAGCACACACAGGCUGUUAAUGUAGUUCGAUUCGACCGAAGUGGGAAGCUCUUAGCAUCCGGUGGUGAUGAUGGCAUGUUGAUAAUAUGGACGUUGUCGAAAACCAUUGUACACGACUUUGGUGUUCAAGACGAUGAAAUGAAAGAGAGUUGGAUUGUACACCAGAUCCACAAUUCAAAUCUGGAGAUAUAUGACAUUUCUUGGUCGCCCGAUUCAAAGUCUAUUGCAACGGGGUCUAUGGACAAUACCACUAAGAUCUUCAAUGUUUUGACGGGUCAGAAAGAAAUGGAGAUUUCUGAUCACAGCCAUUAUGUGCAAGGCAUUGCAUGGGACCCAUUGAAUAAGUUUUUUGCCACACAGAGUGCAGAUCGGUCAGUAAAUAUUUACACCAUUGCCAUGAACAAGGGAAGUUCAAAUUCUCAAUUGAGCACCUCUUUGUUGUCAAAACUGAUGAAGGCGGAAACUCCUUUAUUUAAGGUCCAGCUUGCUACGAAGCUAAAUUAUUUGUACCACUCUGAAAACCUUCAGUCAUUUUUUAGAAGGUUGGCUUUUUCACCAGACGGUAGCUUACUUUUGGUACCGCUGGGUAUUUAUAAAUACGAGAACUGCCGGGAUGAUACGCUUGAUGGGAGUAUCGAAACAGGUUUGUUAAACACUGUUUAUAUAUACACUCGGACAGGGUUGAAUCAAUCACCGGUUUGCCAUUUGCCUGGGUUGUCAAAACCUGCUAUUGCAGUGGCGUUUUGUCCAACAAUGUUUGAAUUGUCCGGCGACGAAAAUCCUCCUGUGUUUGCCUUACCUUACAAAAUGGUCUUCGCAGUGGCAACUCACGACGCUGUUAUAAUCUAUGAUACUGAAAGAUUAAGACCUUUGGGAAUUCUGUCCAACCUUCAUUAUCUAAGUAUAACUGAUUUAUGUUGGAAUGCUGAUGGUCAAAGUCUCAUGAUAUCAUCGGCAGAAGGAUUUUGCUCAGUAAUAACGUUUGAU